CCGGCGGCGGUCACACUGAUUUUCAUUCGUCGUGACGAGUACCGUACCUCGGAAUCGAAAAGAAAAAAACAUAAGCAGACAGGCGAAGCAGAGCAUACCGUUUAAUAAUGAAUGCAUAAGAACGUUCGACUUCGACGCGCGCCGAACCAGUCUGCGUAUGAAUCGUGCGUGCGUUUGCCGUUGCCUUUGCCCAAGUGGAGGAUAUUUUUUUGAGGUUUGCGAGCGUUAAAUGCGUUGUCCCUCUUCUGUACCGAAUCGUUAAAAGUGCGUGGAAAAGUGUACGAAACGUACGAAACGAAACCAAUACACGGAAAGUGGGACAACGGUCUGUGUCUGUGUCCGUUUCUGUUGUGUGUGUGUUGUGUUUGUGUGUACUGUGGCGCUGCGAAAGUGUGCGUGCCAGUGCUUCGAUUCGAAAAAUGUGUUUUAUUCCCCGACCAACGCUACAGAACGCCUAAAGACACAGCAGUCAAAGUGCAGUUGCAGUCGCAACCAAACCAGAGAAAUUAGAAAUAUGAGCUCGAAUCGCGAAUUGUGCACGCAAACCAAAGGCAGGCGCUCUUCUACUCCAUCUUCUUUUGUCUGACUCUGAGCGACGACUUUGCCGCAUGGCUGCCGGCCACUGGACAAUCGAAUUUAGAAAUGAAUGAUUUACGUCAGCAGCAGAUGGUAGCAGCGACAUCGUCAUCAGGAUCGGAAUCGGGAACAGCGGUAGAAUCAGCAGCCGCCACGUCUACAGCAGGAUCAGCCGGAGCAGCAGGUCGCCUCCAGCCCAACUCCAACCCAAAGUCAGUGGCAGCGAGCAGCACGAGCGAGGAGGAGCAGCGGGUUAGCUCCACGUCGUCGCCAGCACAGCGGGAUCAACAGCUGAAUGCGGAUCGGGAGCGGGAGCAAGAGCAGGAGCCACAGCAGCAGCGCGAGGAGGCACUGCAGCACCAGCACAACCAGCCUGGCCAUAUAACCAGCACCACAGCGUCGCCUCCGCCGACGCAACCACCGCCGACGCCGUGCGACGAUGCCCCAAGCACAACUGGAGCAUCUGCAUCGGUCAGCGCAGCAUCCGGAGAAGCAGCAGCAGGAACAGCAGGUGGAGCAAUGGCUGCCACGCCGCUCGAGGUAGAGGGCGAGGAGCGGGACGGACACAAGAUCAUCCUGAAGCUCUCCAAGCACGCCAACCCGAACUCAAACCCAAAUGAAUCUCAGUCGGGAGGCGACGAGAGGCGGGUGGAGCCCUUGCGCAUCCAGCUGCCUUGCGGUGGAGGUGGGGAAGGAGCCUUGGCCAAGCCGCAGGACGCCUUCGACGCGGACGCCUCCUCAUGCUCCUCGUCGUGCGCAGAGGACGAGGUGGUAAGCACACUCGGCCAACACCUGCGGAACACCCCGCACAUAGUGCCAAAGCUGACCAUCCGCGCAGCCAAUGAGAGGCGCGUGGGCAGCGUAGUGCCCAAGCUGACCAUUAAGUUGCCCGAGAACCCAGCUGCCUCCGGCUCCAGCUCAAACUCCGGAUCGUGCUCGUCGGCAGUGAGUGGCGCCCAGUCAGCGAUGCCCGCCAAGAACGACGCCCACUUGUCCAGCCUCUCGCCCGCCUCCGCCUCGUCCUCGUCUGCCUCGUCCUCCUCCUCAUCGUCAUCGUCGAGCUCUCUGGCGGAGAUGCAGACGGUGCCCAAGCUGAUGAUAAAGACAACGCUGGCCGGAAGCAGCUGUAUCAGCAGCAGCGAGGAGCAUCCGCACCAGCAGCAGCAGAUACCAAAGUUAACCAUCAAGACGGGCGGUGGCGGUCAGGAACAAUUACACACGGUCAUCAUGACGCACGACUUGAACAACGCCCAGAGCAUCCCCAAGCUCACGAUCAAGACCAAGUCCAUUGAGUUGCUCGAGGACGAUCCGGCGUCUAAGCUGGAACAGCUGCAGCCCCUGCCCAAGCUGACCAUCAAGAACUUAUGCUCGCCCAAGCACAAGGUACGUGCGGUGCUCGAGGAGAAGGUGCCAUCGGCGGCCUCUAAAUUGGCAGCCCCAAAACCAGCACCCAAUCCUACGCUCGCUCCGAUGACGAAUGGUGGCGAGUCAAACAGCAGCAGCCAGGAGUUCUGCGGCUUCUCCGACCCAGACGCAGAUCCAGCUGUUGCAGCGUCUGACGACGGACGUCGCAACUCGGACGACAUGGUAAUCGACGAUUCGCUGUCCAAGGAGCACGACCCCAAGAUGUUUCACAACCUCCCGCCCUUGGCCGCCAGCAACGGCAUUGCCAGCGGUGCUAACAAGGCCGGUAAGCCAGCCCAACCGCAGCACAACGUGGUGGACAUGGUGGACCUGACCUCGUCCCCGUCACCUGGGUCUUCGCCUGCCCAUGUGGCCAUGACGAUUUCACCGAGCAACCUGCUUUUUGAGUGUCUGCGGGUGCAAGCUGCAUCGGGUUUCACAACUGGUACGGGUGAAGGUGGCGUUGGCGCUCCAUCCUCGCCCAAUUCGAAUAUCUUGCUUAGCCAGCUGACGGCACCGGCCAAGAGCUUCUCUACUGCCACGCCCAAGAGCAAGUCUAGCAAGUAUCCGCAGCUAACGGAGCGUCUGAUGGCCAAUGGUGGCGGUACCGGUGGCGGAUCUGUUGUUGCGCCAGAGAUCGAACCUACCGUUGGUCAGCUGGUAUCCGCGAACUCCGCCCAGCCUAUCAUCGAGUCCAUCGAGAUUUUAGACACGCCUGAUGGCAGUCCAAGAGCCGAAUACAUGGACGACGACCAGCCCCCGUUGCUCAACAACCAUCACCAAACCAACCACCAGCAUACCGUGGCUCGUGGAGAGGAGCAGCAUAAAGAGGACCAGCAGCUUCAGGAAUUGGACAACAACAACGAGAACCACUUGAAGCGCACUAAUAGCGAGGUCAAUGAAUCUCCCAAUAGUGGCAUCCCUCCCAACAAACAGAGACGUCUGGAUAACGACGAGAAUGACCAGCAGACGCAGAAUUGCCAUGAUCCAGCAAGAAAGUGUAACGCCAGUCCCGGUGAAUCGGUGCAGGCGCUGCCGCCGUCGCAUCGCUCGCGCAAGCAGAAACACGAGCGAAUCCUCAAUACGGAUCUGGAAGAUGCUCUGUUUCCACCCACACAACAGCAGCAGGCAAUUUCCACGCCGGAUCAAAAUGGGGCCUUGUCUUCUGGGGCCGAGGUGGAGGAUCCAAAGGCUCAGGAUCCGCUGGAACAGCCGCCCACUCAACCCCCGCCUGUAGCCACGCCGGCGAGCACGGGCAAGAAACGGGGGCGGCCCAAACGGAUCCAGAACCAGAGCACAAGCGAGUCCGCCUUAUCCGGGGCCUUGGCCGCCGUUACCCCCAAGCCCGGUACUCCACAGGAGGAGACCAAUAGCGCUGUCAAGUCGCGACGCGUACAACUGCUACGCAAGCGACUGGCUAUUGACAUGGUUAGUCAGGAACAGGCGGACAUGACACAAAAAGGCCCUUCCGUGGGAGAGCAGAAUGCAAGGGUAGACGAUGAGCUAGCUGGCGCACUGGAGACGCCCAAGAGCCGUGAACACCGCCAGCUAAGGGCUACGCGGCGUACCACGACCCACAAUCCCAACCUGCAGCCCACACCCAAGUCCACACGGAAGCGCCAGAGCAAGGCCAGUGCUCAGCAUAGCCAGCUGCCGCCGCCAACGAUGGCUCACUUCGGAAGCCAUGAGACCGAGUCCAAUAACAAUAACAGCAGCAGCAUAACAUUCGCCCUGUCCGCGCAGAUCGACCUAACCAUGUGCUCGUCCAGCUCGUCGACCUCUUCCGGCGCUGCCGCCAACCAGCAGGUGAUCAGUGGUAGCGGCAGUAGCUCGAUGCUACCGCCCACGACGAUCCUGUCUUCGUCCGACCCGCUGCCCGAUGUCAUCUUUCAGCCGAAUGAUUUCUCCUCGAUCAUGGCCACCCAACAGCUCCGUUCACCGCGCCCCUCCAGCAUCAGCGGUGGCAGUGCCGGUGGCAGCCAACCAGAUUCGCUCGAUGAGGAUAACUAUAAUAGCGCGCUGGACAACUCCGGAGACGAAUCCGUAACGACGUUGCCGAUCCUUUCGAUGGCGACUCCGACGCGGGGACGGGGGCGUGGCCGGGGAUCCAGAGGUGGCGCUGGACGCAACAGCAACAGAGGCUCUUCUUCUGCAGAUCGAGGCGCCAGCGGAGGCACCGCCUCCACGACCCCGACCACGCAGCCUCGGGCGCCACGAAUGAGCCGUGGUGCUAGCGCCGUGGCCAAGGCCAUCGCCAUGAGUCGACCGCGCUGCGUGGGCGGCCUGAAGCACACGCCCGAUCCCGAGAGACUUAAAGGCUUGUUCAGUCCGUCGCCGCAAGUGUUUGAAGAGGACACGCGUAUGAGCGCAGAUCUAAGCAACAGUAAUCAGUCGAUGGCCAGCCUAAUGGAACCCCCGCUAACUCCGCAGAAGCAACCAGACUUCCUUAACAACGAGGAGUCGCAGUCGUCUAUGGUAAGCAAUGUAAGCAUGCUCGACUCGAAUCAGGGUCAGUCCGUCGACGCUAUUCUGGGUUCUGCGUUAAAACGUCCAAAGAAAAAGAAGAUGGAAAUUUGCGUGGCCGAAGACACGGACUACAGUGCCUCCAGCAUCGCAGAGUACGACUGGCCGCCCCCCAAAGGCUGUUGUCCCUCGAAGAACCGCGACACCUUUAUGAUUCAAGAGCAGGUGGCCCUUUACCUGGGCAUCACCAGCUUUAAGCGCAAGUACCCGGAUCUGCCACGGCGUGCCGUCGACAUGGAGGAGCGCAAUUGGUUGCAGGAGAAGGGGCUGGUCAGCGAGAGGAUGUGCGACCUAGGCAUAACCGCUGUGUGGGCCUCCGACAUCUUGGACAUCAUGUACGCGGACUUCUACGAUAAGUACGAAGAGUACAAGGAGUACAUUCGCCAAAAGCACUUGCGCGAAAUCGAGGCGAAGCAGAAGGCGCUGGGACUUACGGUCGGUGCCGGACGAGGUCUGCAAGCGCGUGACCGUGCCAUGCUCUCGGCCAGCAAGUGGAACGUUUAUUUCAACAAGACCCGUAAGGACGAGCGUCUAGCUUGCUUGGAUUUGCAGACGUUUACUAUGAAUCAGCCGCUGCAAAGGACGGCGCCCACCUUUACCCUCCUACAGCGCUCUAUUACGAAUCUGGUGCGGGCAGCAGCAGAGGCAGAGAACAUCCCGGCUCCACCCAGUCUUUUGCCACCCCGCGUUUACGAUGAGGCCUUUCGGCACUCAGACUACGCCUUUCCACUCACAGUGGUGCCAGACCAGUUCUCCUUGGCCUAUCGCCACUUUGAGCCCGCCGAGCUUCGAGCCUAUCCAUUGGACACAGCGCUGGACAAGCCGCCAACCGAGGUGGAGUCGCAGUUACUUCAGCGUAGGAACGAAGUUACUGGCGGAGAAGAAAAUGAAAUUUCUGCCUCCGUCAUCGUGGAUCUGGAACAAGAGCAGCCUGCGAACCAAAGCCAAACGGUGGCGGCGCCUAUUCGACGCAGCAGAAGAUCGACACGCCAGCAGACGGACAAGGUGCGCACGGCAAGCAACUCUAGUGUUUCGUCCGCCCUGUCGCUCUCAUCCGCGUCCAGCGGCAACGGUAGCAGUAGUGAUACGGACAGCGGCGAUGAAAGCGACUUUAGUAGCAGCUCGAGCUGCUGCAGUUCGACGGGUGCCUCGAGUGGAGCUGGCAGUGAGGACGAGGAUGGGAACGAGUCCAUGCCAUCGACCAGGCUGUCUAACUGUGGUGUCUGUCUGCGCAGCCAGCACCGCAAUGCUAGGGACAUGCCGGAGGCCUUUAUCCGCUGCUACAGCUGCCGGAGGCGAGUCCAUCCUAGUUGCAUUGAGAUGCCUCAGCGAAUGGUGGGUCGCGUGCAAAACUAUAACUGGCAGUGCGCCGGGUGCAAGUGCUGCAUCAAGUGCCGGAGUAGUCAGCGGCCAGGAAAGAUGCUCUAUUGCGAGCAAUGCGACCGAGGCUACCACAUUUACUGCCUAGGGCUGAGAUCGGUGCCAGAUGGACGCUGGAGCUGUGAACGCUGCUGUGUGUGCAUGCGAUGCGGAGCCACCCAGCCGGAGGGACUACCCCAGGUGGCCGCCCUAACUCAGGCAUCAGGAGGUCCUUCUCCCCACGGUGAGCGCUCAAAGGCGUUGCCGCGCAGCAAACGUCUGAAAUGGGUGCACGAGUACCGCCUCGACCACUUGACGAAGCUGCGCGAGCACGCUGCCAUGUUUUGCGUACCCUGUGCGCGAACCAAGCCCGCCAAGCGGCAGCCGGCGACAGUCGUGGCUGCAACAGUCCCUACCGUUUCGGAGACCAUGUCCAUGAGCACGGAUGCCAGUUCAAUACCGAGCCCAAGCCUGGCGACCAACGGAGGCCACGCUCUCUCGCCGGCGGCGGCAUUGAGUCCAAAGGCAGCUAUGCCCGUGGCAUCACUGCCACCUGUUCUGGAGGCGACGGUGGCGACCACAACCAUUGCGGGCACGAUGGGUAGGCGGCAGCCGGGAAAUGCUGUCAAUAUCACCACGAUGCAGUGCAGCAGCAGCUUCAGUGGGAACGGGGUUUCCGAGGACUCGGCGACUGUCACAACAACGGCCACAGCGGCAUCAGGAGCAACGGCUGCCACUCCCAUUGGCAUAGCUCCGCCGCCGGUUGUUGCCUGAGUGGGGGUCAUACGUUAUUGUGCCAAGCGCACUCUAACGGACUUAUAGUUAGCGCCGGACGCGCCACUCUUCCUCAAGCCCCCAGCGUGGUCGUGACCCCGCUGCCGCCAUCCCAAAAAUACGCAGAUGCAUAGUAUUAAUUAAUGCGACAGCAAGAGGAACCGGAUUGGAGAAAAAAAUAUUUAAGAAUUUUUUUUACUAUCAUUAUUUUUUAUUGUCAGUACAUCGCAUUGCGAUUGUUAUAUAUAUAGAUAUAUAUAUGUAAAUAUAUAUAUAUAUACACACAUGUUUGUUUAUAUAUAUCUACAUAUAUAUAUAUAUACGAAUAUUCCUAUUAUAGUUAUGUUACUUAACUUUGCUAAUGUUAACAACCCAACCACAUAAACACAACACACACACAUGACAAGCACCCAAAUCACCGAGUAGACCAUGUUAUGCUUAAGUCUUCUUUUACGUUUAAAGUUUAAAAACCUAGCACUAAGUCAGUUUCAUUUUGUUUCUAGAGAAUUCAUUUGACGCAUUUUAGUUCAAUUGCGCGCCUAUGCAAACAGAUUUCAGUUUUAACGACAGCUUUGUUUGUACUUUCGUGACCGUGUACUAAUCCUGGUGCACGUACUUGUCGUUGUCCACAUCUGUAGGCCUAACGUUUGGUAUUACUGUUCACUUUUGAAUCGAAAUAGUGUCUAUUUCUCAGCCUCUAAGUCUUAACCACUGUAUCUAUAUACUAUAUUUAUAUAUACACGCAAAAUGAGCCCCUUUUUGAUUUUAAAUGUCUUAUGCGCCGAAUUUUUUGAACAUGUAUAUGUCUGUAUUUAUAAGAACUACGGCCCGUAGUCCAUUUAAGUAGUUAAGCACAACCUAAGUAGUGUCUUCGUGUGCGGUAGCUGCUUGUUUUUUUUGUUUAGUCUUGCUAGACUCGUAAGAGGAUAAUUAUAUCUUCGUUUGAUAAAGAAUAGUAGGGAGCGAAGUUCUACUCUGUAAUUGUACGGUUAAGAAUGUAUUAUAAAUGUAAUUUAUGCUAACACAUACCCAACAAAGGAACCCACACACCCACACGCAAACA